CUAUCCACACGCGACUCUCAAUGUGGUAUGUCUUGGAUACAUGAUGCUAGUACGCUGCAUGUUAAGAGGGUAGAAUAGCUAAACGCCGCGUUUUAAAUUAAAAGUACAUUCAUUCUCCAGGCAGUGGACAUGGUAGACUUUAAUCAGACAAUAGUUCACCCCACUACGAAGUUUAAAUGAAGUAAACGAGGCAGUAACGCAGAUGUUCAGACUGUGCAUUACUCUACUUAAGAAGCCGCCAGAAGUGGAAGCAGUUACAAGGACAGCUGAGUAAGCCAUGGAAAUUCUAUAGAGGUGUGAGUGAGCCCAUAAAUACAUCCGCAUCCAACACGAGUACUCACCUUUCCGCUUCAAGUCUACUGUGAUUCGGCUGGUAAAUCUGAAGCUAUCAUUAGAGACAGUCCACCAUGGCCUAGACAAAUACAAUCCUGUUUCAGCACUGUUGCAUACGAGCUAUCUGACUCAGACCUUCCAGCCGUUGAAAGGAUACCCCUAAUUCCAUGCUCUCAUGUGACCCUCCAUCGUUCAAUCCAGUCAAUCUCUCCCAGAUGCACCGAACACAGAGCCACCGAAGCAAAACAAAAUACCUCAUGAGAAAAAAGGGAUUCCUGUCUUCAGUCAAAGGAGUUUCUCAUCUCUCCAGGCGAACCAAGAGACGCUUAUGUUGUAAAUUACAGCUUUGGAUGUGGAGGAAGAGGAGGGAGAAAUACCGUUUUGGUUUAUUCAGAGCAAAGAAAAGAGCUUGUGGGAUCGGCCCCGGCCCCUGCCUCAGUGUAAAGACACAAUCGCUGAAAAAUGAAAGGAAGGUCCCAAUUUACCACGCAACAAACCUUGAAAGUUCAGUCAUUGCGUCAGCUCUCGUGUCACCCCUCGGGUGUGGUACUGGAGGUUCCGAGGACACGUUCAGAGGGCGGAAUUGCCUGUUGAAGCUGUGUGAAUCUGUCAGUCUGUCAGAAACGUUCAUUGCUUCCGGUUCCUUGCAAAACCUGGUCACGGACUCAACUGUUUCUGCGGGUAUCAUCAAUCAAAUCAUGCCAACAGAGAUGGUGCCGCCUCAGAAAACAGAAACUUUGAUACAGCUGAGUGAUACUACCGACCCUUUAAAACUUUCUUGCAGUGUCAAAGACCUGUUGAGUACAGACAGGGAUGCAUGCAGGUUAUCUAUACACUUUAAAGAACCAAGGACAAUGGUACCAGCUCAGAGUCUUGAGGUUGAUAGCCCUUCGGGACAAUUCACUGCUACCAGUUUAGGUCAAGGCAAGGCUACCAACACAGACACUGAUGAGAGAAUCACCGGUAAAAGGGCUGCGUCUUCUCAAUCUGAUGUCAGCCUACUGACAAAGGACAUCCAUGAAUUUCUUGAUGACUUCUACAAAAUAUAUGGAAGCUUCAUCCCAUUACAGAAGAGAGACGUGUCGAGACAUUUGGAGAGGAAGUUUAACACUGAUUUCAGCGACAGGAAAAAUGCCAUCUUCUCUGAAGUUGCCAGAUACCAAACUGCAAUCGUUCAGAAGCCUGUUCCCUCCUUCCAGGUGGUCUACAAGAAGCACACUCUGACACUGGAUGACUUGUCCACACUGGCAGAUCAGAACUGGCUCAAUGACCAGGUCAUGAACAUGUAUGGAGAAUUGAUUAUGGAAUCUGCCCAUCACAAGGUCCAUUUUCUCAACAGCUUCUUCCACAGGCAGCUCAUGACUAAAGGAUAUGAUGGUGUUAAGAGAUGGACAAAGCAGGUGGAUUUGUUUUCUAAAUGUUUGCUUGUGGUGCCGAUCCACCUGGAGGUUCACUGGUGUCUGGUGACAGCUGACAUUGUCAAAAAGAAGAUCUGCCUUUACGACUCUCAAGGGAACGCACUCCAAAAGGUUGCAAGGAACAUCCUGAAAUACUUGAUGUCGGAAGCAAAGGAGAAGAAGCAAACUGAUUUUGAGAGUGGUUGGGCGGUGUCGUUCGAUGAGAUAAUCCCACAACAGAGCAAUGAAAAUGACUGUGGAGUUUUUGUCUUGGAGUACUCUAGAUGCCUUGCGCUGGCAAAACCUCUGCAGUUUUCACAGAAGGACAUACCAAAGAUACGCAAGAGGAUCUACAAAGAGCUCUGUGACUGUAAGCUCCAUGAAGAGAGCUGAAGGCUAUUGUAUGUAUGCAUUGUAGUGAGUGGAUACUGUGUGGUUUAUCCCAGUAGGAGUGUCUUUAAUCGGGUGCACUUUUCAUGCUAAAUCACAGUACUUGUAUGAGAACUGUAUUUAUACGAUCAAUAUGUAAUCAGGCAUGUUAUUUCAGAAAAAGAUCUUUAUAUUCCUGUUAGACCUCGACUUGGAGUUUACACAUCUACAGUGGACCUACAGAGCCUUACCGGUCGGACUGCCUGUCAAUGUUUAUCUAAUCUGUCUCGAUCCUCGACUGUUUUUUAGGUGUCACUUAGUUUUUAAUUAAGUAUCUGUACACCUUGUUUGCACAAUUUGUAAAUCUAAUUUUGCUUCGUUUGACAUUUGUUGGCACCAGAUGACUGAAUAGAAGCUGUGUACUGUUGGUAAGGAAACUGGAAUCGGCAUCCAAAUGCAUAAUAGAGAUAUGUUUGUAAAGUUUUAAAUAAAAGCAGACAGCUUCCAAACA